AUGCUCCGCGGCAGGAUGCUGCUGCUGAGCGCCUCCUGCUGGCUGCUGGUUGCUGUCGCGGGCUGUGAGGAGCUGAGAGAGGAGCGACCACAUGAGGACGACGCCUCCAAGAUGCAGGAGGAGAAAGAGCUGAUUGAAGCUCUACAGGAAGUUCUGGAGAAGUUAAAGAGCAAACAGCUGCCGUCGACAGAGAAGAAGCUCGGCCGGCUUCCUUCAUGUGAUGCAGGCGAGACGUGUGCGCUGCGUAAAGGCUCGAGGAUCGGGAAGCUGUGUGGAUGUCCCACAGGAAGCAUCUGUGACUUCAAUGUCCUCAAAUGUCUGUAG